AUGGGAGAAGCUCACCAGCUGCAACUCAGCAUCAUGGUUCAUCAUCAGGAUGCAAAUGGAGCAAACUCCAGAAGCAUUCGCAACACAUCGGUGCUUCCUCGGGGCAAAAGUUUCAACUGGUGGCUUAGAAUGACCCUUUAUACAUGCCUAGUGCUCUCUGGCCAGUCAGUUGCAACACUCUUGGGAAGAUUGUACUUCGACAAAGGCGGCCAUAGCAAUUGGCUGCAAGCCCUUAUGAACCUUGCUGGCUUCCCCAUCCUGCUUCCCUACUAUUGCAUCCCAGCACUUAGCAAAAGAAAUAAUCCAACCACAAACAGUGUUCAAUCGGAACCGCCGCCGUCUACCCUAACCCUUGCAUCAGUCUAUGUCUCUCUUGGCCUCCUAGUAGCGUUUGGUUGCUUCUUGUAUUCUGUAGGGCUAUCAUACCUUCCUGUGUCCACAUAUUCCCUCAUCUGCGCAUCCCAAUUGGCCUUCAAUGCACUUUUCUCCUUCUUCCUCAACUCACAGAAGUUCACUCCUUACAUUUUCAACGCUCUCUUCCUGCUCACCAUCUCCUCCGUCCUCCUAGUGUUUCAAGGCGACUCUGACUCAGGCGCAGCCGGAUUAACCUCCAAAGGAAAGUAUGUAAUGGGUUUCCUAUGCACCGUUGCGGCAUCAGCCUCGUAUGGAUUGACGCUUUCCCUAACACAGCUUGCAUUCAGGAAGGUUAUAAGAAAGGAAACAUUUACAGCGGUCAUGGACAUGAUAGUCUAUCAGUCACUGAUUGCAAGCUGCGCCAUCUUCAUAGGGCUUUUCGCUAGCGGAGAGUGGAAGGGUUUGAAGAAGGAGAUGGGGGAGUUUAAAUCCGGGAAGGUAUCUUAUAUCAUGAACCUAACAUGGUCAGCUAUAGUAUGGCAGCUGUUUGCUAUAGGCGGAGUAGGGUUAAUUUUUGAGGCAUCUUCCCUCUUCUCCAAUGUCGUCAGUGCUUUAGGUUUGCCUGUGGUUCCGGUUCUAGCUGUUAUCUUCUUCCAUGACAAAAUGGACCGAAUUAAGAUAGUGGCCAUGGUUUUAGCCAUUUGGGGCUUUGUUUCAUAUCUUUAUCAGCACUACCUCGACGAUCGAAAGGCCAAGACUGCUGAGAAUGAAAAUGCCAAUGGUGAGGUUUCUACAAUUCUCCCACCUUGA